AUGGCAGAAACGACUCUGCAUAAUGCACCUAUAGUGCUUGACAAUGGCAGUGGGACCAUACGAGCUGGUUUCGCAGGCGAGGAUCUUCCAAAAUGUUAUUUCCCUUCGUUCGUCGGUCGACCAAAACAUCUCCGAGUCCUCGCUGGCGCGUUGGAAGGCGACGUAUUUAUUGGACAGAGAGCUCAAGAGCUACGAGGUCUCCUAAAAAUUCGAUAUCCUCUCGAGCACGGAAUCGUGACAGAUUGGGAUGACAUGGAAAAGAUUUGGCAGUGGGUUUACGAAGGGGAACUGAAGACGUUGAGCGAAGAGCAUCCAGUCCUAUUGACCGAGCCCCCGCUGAAUCCGCGGACAAACCGAGACACGGCCGCACAGAUUCUGUUUGAACAGUUUAAUAUACCUGCCCUUUACACGUCAAUUCAGGCGGUGCUGUCACUCUAUGCUUCGGGUCGAACAACCGGCAUUGUGCUAGAUUCUGGCGAUGGUGUUUCCCAUGCGGUCCCAGUCUACGAGGGCUUCGCUAUGCCAAGUAGUAUACGAAGAAUUGAUGUUGCGGGCCGUGAUGUUACAGAGUAUUUACAACUGCUCCUACGGAAAAACGGCUACGUAUUCCAUACGAGCGCUGAGAAGGAGGUGGUCAGGAUGAUUAAAGAGAAAACAGGCUAUGUCGCCUUGGAUCCGAAGAGAGAAGAAAAAGACUGGUCGACAAAUGUCUCGAAGGUAGACUCUAAAACCCAGGAAUAUACUCUGCCGGACGGACACAAACUUAAGGUUGGAGCGGAACGGUUUCGAGCUCCUGAAAUUCUUUUUGAUCCUGAAAUUAUCGGCCUUGAAUAUCCUGGCGUUCAUCAAAUCGUGGUAGAUGCCAUCAAUCGGACCGACAUGGACCUGCGCAAGGCGCUAUUCGGCAAUAUUGUACUCUCCGGCGGCUCGACUCUAUGUCGAGGUUUUGGAGAUAGGUUACUUCAUGAAGUUCAACGAUUGGCUGUCAAGGACAUGAGAAUCAAGAUUUUUGCCCCUCCGGAACGAAAAUAUAGUACAUGGAUCGGAGGCAGUAUUCUUGCUGGUCUAAGCACUUUCAGAAAGAUGUGGGUCAGCAUCGAUGAUUGGCACGAGAAUCCAGAUAUAAUUCACACGAAGUUCAAUUAG